AAAAAACAUCAGAUUUGUAGUUGGCAACAUCGUUGCACGUGAGUGACGUGUUUACACGCUUGAGUGCCUUCAGUCGGUUUGUUUAUUUAUUAAUAUUGCAAAAUUGGGUCACGAAUUGCAACUAUAAGGCUUAUUGCAUUGCUGAUAUUGUUGUUUGCAUCCAGCAAUAACAACAGUCAGUCGAACGAUACCACGAUGAGGCUGACUUUGUUAAGAAAAGCAAUCCAUGCUAUUAUUAUGGGACCACCUGGAUCAGGAAAAGGAACAGUCUCUGCAAGAAUCAUACGUGAUUUUGAUAUGCAGCACCUUUCCAGCGGUGAUAUGCUACGUGCUGAAAUUGCGGAACAGUCAAAUCAAAAUAUUGUUUAUAUCUCAAGGAGAGCUUAUGGGACAAAAGCAAAGCAGUUCAUAGAGGAUGGAAAACUGGUACCAGAUGCACUUGUGGUUGAGUUGGUUUUGUCACAAAUUCAAAAAAUACCAACGAGUACAAGUUGGCUGCUGGAUGGUUUUCCACGAACAAUUGAACAGGCUGAGACUCUUUCUACAAAAGAGAAAAUUGACUGUGUUAUAAACUUAGACGUUCCAUUUGAAACAAUUCGUGAACGUCUAAGUGGUCGAUGGACUCAUUUAAGCAGUGGAAGGGUUUACAAUGAUGGUUUCAACCCACCAAAAAUACCGGGUGUAGAUGACUUGACAGGAGAACCCCUUGUACAGAGAGAUGAUGAUAAACCGGAGACUGUACAAAAAAGAUUGGAAACUUAUCAACUUCAAACUGCACCCUUGCUUGACUUCUACAGAGAAAAAGGUCUCUUGCAUUCUUACAGUGGAACUAAAACUGAUGAAAUUUGGCCCAAAGUGAAGGAGUUUUUGAGCACAACAAUAAUGCCCCAUGUCAACAGAAGUAGAUUAUAAAUUAAUCAAUCAUUGCAAAAUCAUUCUUCAAUUACUUGUCUGUAUGUUUUACAUAAUAAUACUAAAGAGCAAUUUAUUUCAUUCAUGCUGUUAGUUUGUACCUUGCUAUGCAGGAUACCAAAUACCGGCCUUUACAACUUAUCUAUUACUUGUCUUUUAUGGGCUGUCCAACUUGCAGUACCAAUAUUUAAAUUUAUCAUUACUGUUUUUAUGUAAGACAUACACGUCCAGAUGAUAGUGCUAUAGUCACCUAUUUUGAAUUUUAACCCUUGCUUUUACUGUGUGUUUUAAAAAGUAUUCAUACAAUUAACAGGUAUUGUGUCUUAAUGCAAAACCUGACUGUUUGACUUGUUAAAUCAGCACUAUUCUGCUCUCGUUAUUUAUUUUAUUGUUAACAUUUUCAUGGGUGUUUUGCUGCUUUAGUGUGAUACUGUAUUUAUUUUAAAUGCUAACUUAAUUGUUUGUAGAACUGCAUAUGUUACAUAUUUUUUGCAAGAAUUAAUUAUGAAAUGGGUGUUAAUGAAUUAUCAUACAAAUAUAAAAAAA